GGUAGCUCGCUAGACAACAAAGUCGGAACAUUCACGUUCUUUAGGACAAUUUAGUGGUUUAUUUGCCACUAUGAUUUAAACAGACGUAUGUGGAAACAAGUAGCUACCCCAUUUAAUUUAAUAUUUACGUUGUAAAUCAACUAGCUGGCUGGUUAAGUUAGCACUAGCCUAGUCGCUAAAGCUAACUAGCUAUUAUCUCCGACCAUGAGUUCACUAAGCUACUCUCCUCCUGCUGUAGAAGAGGUGGUCUGCUGGACGGAGAAGGAAGCUCUCGUCAAAGAGGAGGCGGAAGAGAAAGAUGUUACAAUACAAAAACAAGUAGAGGGUGAGGCUGUUACCGUGAAAGAAGAGGAAGACGCCUUCAGAGUGAAAGAGGAGGAGGAUGUUACUGUAAAAGAAAAGGAGGAAGAUGCCGUUUUUAGAGUGGAGGAUGAAGUGAAAGAAGAUGAAGACGUUUUUGGAAUGAAGGCUGAAGAGGGGGAGAUUACUGUCACAUUAGAGGAGGACGAAGAAGAGAAGACUGGAGAACUGAUUAACACCAGUAAAUACAGAGAGAGACAGGACAAUCGUGGAUCCUUUGUGGAGCCUCGACAUGUUGCUGACGAGGCAGAGAAAAGUCUCUCCGCAUCAGAACAACUCAAGAAACACCAGCAGAGACCUACCGGGAAGAAAUCUCACUGCUGCUCUGACUGUGGGAAAAUAUUAAACUCUUCAGUAAAACUUAAAAUACAUCAAAGAAUUCACACUGGAGAGAAACCAUUUGGCUGUACUCAAUGUGGGAAGAGUUUUUUUCGGCUACAAACCCUGAAAUCACACCAGAGAAUACACACUGGGGAGAAACCUUAUAGCUGUGAUCAAUGUGGGAAGAGUUUUACUCAGCUAAACAGCCUGAUUGUACACCAGCGGACACACACAGGAGAAAAAUCUUAUAGCUGUAGUCAAUGUGGUAAGAGUUUUUCUACAUCUAGCUAUCUAACUAUACACCAGAGAACACACACAGGAGAGAAACCAUAUAGCUGUAAUCAAUGUAGGAAGAGUUUUACUCAGCUAAACAGCCUGGUAGUACACAAGCGGACACACACAGGAGAGAAACCUUUUGGCUGUGAUCAAUGUGGAAAGAGUUUUGGUACAUCUGGCUGCCUGAAUACACAUCAGAGAACACACACAGGAGAGAAACCUUUUACCUGUGAUCAAUGUGGGAAGAGUUUUGGUACAUCUGGCUCCCUGAAUACACACCAGAGAACACACACAGGAGUGAAAUCGUAUAGCUGUAUUCAGUGUGGGAAGAGUUUUACUCAGCUAAACAGCCUGAUAGUACACCAGCGGACACACACAGGAGAGAAACCUUAUAGCUGUGAACAAUGUGGGAAGGGUUUUACUACAUCUAGCCAGCUGACUUUACACCAGAGAAUACAUACAGGAGAGAAACCUUAUAGCUGUGAUCAAUGUGGGAAGAGUUUUACGACAUCUAGCCAGCUAACUAUACACCAGAGAACACACACAGGACAUACUCUUUAUAGCUGUACUCAAUGUGGGAAGAGUUUUUCUACAUCUAGUUAUCUAACUAUACACCAGAGAACACACACAGGAGAGAAACCAUUUAGCUGUAAUCAUUGUGGGAGGAAUUUUACUUGGCUCAACAGCCUGGUAUCACACCAGAGAACACACACAGGAGAAAAACCUCAUAGCUGUAAUCAAUGUGGGAAGAGAUACUCUGAUAAGAGAUCUCUGACUAAACAUCAGAAAAUACAUGUUGUUUCAUGAUAUCAAUUAAAUGAUGUCACAAUGUAGAAUGUUUUAACAUUGUAGGAGCAGUAUUUUAAUGAAUGUCAGAAUAUAAAACCGUUAACAUUUGCCCCCUGGGUUCAAUGAUUUUAGCUCUGAAUUGAAGCUAAAAUCAAUGAUUCAAGCUCUGAAUUGAAAGAGUGCUAAAUAUGAGAUUUGACAAAAAAGUGACUAACAAAGAAAGAGUUGUGUUACACUUACCACGUUGGUGACCCACUUGAACCAAAAUGCAACACUUCAAAAUGUUGCUAGCUGUUUUCUACAAAUUGUCCUCUAACCAGUGAUGUACACAUUACUUCCAGAUUCCGUGUGGGUUCUGAGCUGUUAGUUUUAACAAGAUGUGCAACCUCAUCUCCCUCCUGUCAAACAAUUGAUUUCAACAUGAUAUCGAUGAGUGAUGACAAAUAAGUGUUGUGUUCCUUUGUUUAGCGACCCCUACAUUUAAAUGCACCACUCCAAAAUGUAGCUGACUGUCUUCUGCAAGUUGUCCUCUAAUCAGCGAGGUAAAAUAUAUCUCCCAUUUCCAUAUGUUUUUUUAGCUGUGUUAGUUUCAACAACCUGAUUCCCCCCCCCCCCAACCCCCUAAUCGAUAUCAGUGAUUUAUUGCUACUUGUAAAAACAACAGCGUUUUUGGUGCUUGUGCAGUUUAUAAGGAGCUUGUUUAACAAUAUUUAAUUAUAAGCUGAUUGUUUAAAGAAAUACAAGUAAUGUAUUAUUGCAGAUGUUUGUGUAUGUAGCACAUUUUAUGUCUAGGAUUUCAAUUAAUAACAAACUUCUUCUGCAUGUUAUUGAUUUGGACACGUUAAAACUGUGACAUUGGGGAUAUCCUACCCAGCAAGAUGUCACUGAAAAUAAGACUAUGCCCAAUAUAAGUUUGGUUUUGGUUGAAAGUUGAAAAUAAAUGUUUUUUAUUUCAACAUACUUGAAUCCUAUACACAUGGACGCAGUAUAAUAAAUUGGUCUAUAAUCAAUUUUAUUAACAAUCCUAAUAAAUUGAGUCAUAAAUGUAGGAUAUAUUUGUUGUCCUAAGGGGAAGGUGUU